AAAUAGUUUUUUGUGAAACAUUACCUCUGUAUAUCUAUCUUAGACUAUGUUAGUCUAAUUACAUCCAAUUACUUACCUUAUCUGAACUCAAUCCCGAAAUCAAAACAAAAAGAUUGGUUCCUCCAGGAAAGAGAAAAGAGAUAUGGGGAAGAAAGGCCAGAAGGAGAAGCAGCAUGAAGAAUUGCUUAAAACAUUAGGAGAUUUUACGUCCAAAGAGAAUUGGGACAGCUUCUUCACCAUCAGAGGUAGUGAUGAUGCUUUUGAAUGGUACUCGGAGUGGCCACAACUUCAAGAGCAUCUCCUCCCCCAUAUAUCCGUAGAUUCGCUGGUUCUUGUCCCUGGUUGCGGGAAUUCUAAUCUCUCCGAACACCUUUACGAUGCGGGGUGCCGGAAUAUCACCAAUAUUGACUUCUCCAAGGUCGUAAUAUCUGAUAUGUUGAGGAAGAAUGUCCGAUCCCGUCCAGAAAUGAAGUGGCGUGUCAUGGACAUGACUUCUAUGCUGUUUGCAAAUGAGAGCUUUGAUGUUAUUGUGGACAAAGGAGGUUUGGAUGCUUUAAUGGAACCAAGGCUUGGUCCUAAGUUAGGAAAUGAGUAUUUAUCUGAGGUGAAGAGAGUACUAAAAGCUGGAGGAAAGUUUUUUUGUCUCACCUUGGCAGAAGCUCAUGUAUUAGAUGUUCUUUUUCACAAGCUUCGCCAUGGAUGGAAAAUGAGUGUUCAUGCCAUUGCUCAAAAACCAUCUAAAAGGUCUAGCCUGCAGACUUACAUGGUAAUAGCUGAAAAGGAUAAUUCUUGCGUGUUGUCACAAAUAUUCUCCCCGAUUGAUCAUUCUUCUGUUUGUUCAUCUUCACCGGGAAAUCAGGCUGAUGGGUUACUUCAGGCACUCAAAACUGAAAACAGAAUCCGCGAGGCAUAUUCCAAUUGCACGGAUAAAAUCUACUCACUUGAAGAGUUGAAGUUAGGAGCUCAAGGGGACAUUACAGAGCUCAGUCCAGGUCGACGACUUCAGCUAACCUUAGGAGAGCCUGGGAUUUCCAGCUUCUCAUAUAAAGCUGCACUUCUUGAUGUCCGUGAAGAGUUGGGUCCAUUCUCAUAUCACUGUGGGGUAUUUCUUGUUCCAAAGAUUCUACUAGAUUGCAGCCAUACUCUUGCCAGUAUGGAUGAUAUCCAGAGUGAUUUGUCUCCGCUGGUGAAGCAAUUGGCACCCAUCAACUGUGAUGUAUCCCAAAUUCCGUUCAUGGCAGCGAGUGAUGGGAUCAAGGAGAGGAAAAUUGUCCACGAGGUCACGUCUCCUUUGACUGGUCCAAUAACCGUUGAUGAUGUUAUAUACGAACACACUGAGGAAAACAUCACUCAUCUCUUCUCAUCAGCUAAUAUCAUAUUCCGCCGCCUUACUUUCCAAAGAACUCAGAGUUUGGUGCAAUCUGAGGCUGUGUUAACACGUGAAGCAUCCCAAACAAAUAGACCUGGGAAAGAUCAGAAAAAAAGCCCAAGAUCUAAAUCCAAAAAGAAGGGUCACACAAAUUCUGAGGGAUUGAGAAUUGAGUGGAAGGUUGACCAUCGAUACUUGGCUAGUUCGUAUCACACUGGAAUCAUUUCUGGACUUAUGUUGAUAUCUUCAUAUUUGAAGAGUGUAUCAUCAAAAAAAGACAUGUUUACUGCCAAGUUGUAUCUAUUUUUGUCCUUUUUGUCCCUUCAGCUAUCUAAAAUACUAUUUCAGUUAAUUGCAGAUUUUCAGGUAAAAACAAUUGUAAUUGGUCUUGGAGCAGGAUUACUUCCAAUGUUUCUGCACAUGCACAUGCCUUUCCUUGAGGUUGAGGUUGUGGAGUUAGAACCAGUGGUUCUAGACCUUGCUAGAGACCACUUUGAUUUUAUAGAAGAUGGAAAUUUAAAGGUACAUAUUACCGAUGGGUUAAAGUUUGUUAAAGAGGCAGCUAGUUCAGUCACUAGUAGUAGUAGGGAAGAUCAUCUGCCCAAGUCAGUAGUCCCUUUGUCAAAUGGAAAUUCAUUGUCCCAUGCAGAAUCCAUUAACACUUCUCCCAUUGACAUUCUCAUUGUCGAUGUGGAUUCUUCAGAUUCCAGUUCUGGUUUGAGCUGUCCUGCUGCAGAUUUUGUGGAAGAGUCAUUUCUUGCGGCCGUAAAAGAAUCUCUCUCUGAGCAAGGCCUCUUCAUAGUCAACUUGGUCUCUAGAUCUCCCGCCAUUAAAGAAAUGGUCUUUUCAAGGAUGAAAUCGAUAUUUAAGGCAAUCUUCCACCUUGAGCUCGAAGAAGAUGUGAACGAAGUUGUCUUUGCUCUCAAGUCCGAAAGCAGUAUUUCGGAGGAAGGCUUUCCCGGAGCUUGUGAUCAACUUUUGAAGUUGAUGGGGAUGGAAGAAUCAGAGUUUGGGAGACCCAUAAUUGAUGCAUCCAAGAAGAUAAAGAGGAUGCAAUGAAUUACUAGUAUUUCUAUUAUUACUAAAACAAGAUGCAAAUAUCACACUUCUCUUUCUCAGGUAUAUGCAAACAAGAUGCAAAUAUCACACUUCUCUUUCUCGGGUAUAUGCAUGGAAUUGUCAUACCAAGUGCAAGUUUUCUUUUCCACAUAAACAACUUAAUUAAAAGCAAAUUCAAGAU